CCCAAAUAAUUCAUUCGUCUUUGUUAACUUCUCAAACAUAAAAACAAUUAAGGAAAGGCUCAUCCUAAAACUUUCCAACAAAUAAAGAGCAGCCAUCCAGGGAUAUAAGAUUCAUGGUUCCACUAUGAUUCAGUGGUUGAGGGCUAACCUCUGUAUUAGCUCGAAAAUGAAUUGAACAAUCCAACUAACCCAAAAACAAACUGAACAAUUCAGAAGCUAUGUUAUGGCUGCCAGCGUCGGGGGCGACGGAGAAGGAUCUCCAAAGUCGUUGUCGCCGUCGCCAAAGGAGAGGAUUCGACUAUUCGUUCGUCUCGUCUGCUUCCGAGGGAGAUCCAGAGGAGAAGAGCGGCCGACGGGCGAUGGCGUUGGGUGUCGAGCUGAGAUAUAAAGGAGAGGAGCGGUCGGCGGCGUCAUUAUUUGUCUUGCUCUAGGUCUGCUGGGCGGCCGCGAAGGAGAGGUUUUUCAUGACUCACGAGUCGUCCACGAGCUGACAAGCGAAGAGAGGUGAGUAUCAGAUUAAUACCUACCUUGAAGACGACACACGCAAACUUGGCCACCGUGAUGCUUCCUCUCUUUUGAACUCAGCGGCCUGAAGCAGCAGACAAUUACUUUGGAGAUCUGCUUCUUCGGUGAUGGAGACGCUUCGUUAUCAUGAUCAUUGACAUUUGCUCUAGGUCUGCUGGGCAGUCGCCGCCGAGUGAGGUAAAGAAAGGAGAUAAGCCAGG